UUUCGACUUUACUGUUCUGUUCGCUCGGUGACGUCCCUCACCGGUAAAAUCCACCGACCAGUCGACUGCACUGACUGCUUAUCUCUCUGCGCCGGAGUGUCACGGAGCCCCGACUCUCUGCGUCUCCUUUUCUGCCUGGCGGCCCACGAAGAGCCACCCAGCAGGGACAGGACCCGGAGCGGGCACCGCUUCUGCCCAGAGUGAUGGAUGUUGCCCUGCGACCGCCUAACGGACCAGAAGCCCGGUGGACUCGGCGGAGGGGCAGCGGGGACUGGUGAACAUCCUCCCGGUCGGAGCAUCGACGUUGUUUUUCUUGAAUUUUAAUCUUCUUCCACAAUGUCACCAUCAAGGAGACGCAGCUGAGGCACCUGCUCUUCCUCUCGGGUCUCCGCUGACCGCCGUCCCGGUCAUCUGACUGACGGUUUUAGCUAACGUUAGCUCCAGUAUGAGCAGCGCCGGACCUUCCUGUCACAUCUGACCGGGCUUUGGGGGGUGGUGGCGGGUGCUGGCGGGGACACGUUCGGAUAUUUGGAUGAGAACCAGUGACCGGGCCGGAUUCCGCGCGGAGGGACGCCGGCCGGAGCGGAGGAGGAGGAGGAGGGAACCGAAUUGACAUCCUCAUCCCCGGUGGGAGAGAAGCAGCGAGGCAGCCAGAGGAGGAUGUGAAGAUGGGUUUAGUUUUCGGUCUCCUGUGGCUUUUCACCGGCUUCCUACAGGGCGUGCACGGCCAGGGCGUGUACGCGCCCCCUACUGUACGCAUUGUGCACUCGGGUCAGACCUGUAACGUGGAGGAGGAGCGCUACAGUGAGCGGGUUUACACCAUCAGAGAGGGAGAGACUCUGGAGCUGCAGUGUCUGGUGACUGGACACCCCCGGCCGCAGGUUCGCUGGACUAAGACGGCAGGCGGAGCCUCGGACCGUCAGGGCGACUCGUCUCAGCACAACGAAACUCUGAAGAUCAACAAUAUCAGCCGCCACCAGGGGGGGCGCUACUACUGCAAGGCUGAGAACGGGCUGGGAUCCCCCGCCAUCCGCUCCAUACGAGUCGACGUCUACUACUUGGAUGACCCGGUGAUAACGGUUCACCAGAGCGUCGGUGAGGCGAAGGAGCAGUUCUACUUUGAGAGGACAGUGUUUCUGCGCUGCGUCGCCAGCUCCAACCCACCUGUCCACUACACCUGGAGGAGAGGCCGCGAGGCGCUGACACAAGGCUCAGACUCUGGCGUGGAGAUCUAUGAGCCAUUUUUCACACAGGGUGAGACGAAAAUUUUGAAGCUGAAGAAUCUUCGUCCUCAGGAUUACGCUGAAUACACCUGCAUCGCCUCCGUCAGGAACGUCUGCGGCAUCGGAGACAAGAGCGCCCACUUCAGGCUGAGCAACAGGACAGCCCCUCCCUCCAUUAAGCUCCUCCUGGACGACCCCCUGGUGGUGAACCCAGGGGAGACGAUCACUCUGGUGUGCGUGGCGUCGGGCGGGGACCCUCCUCCCUCCUUGAGGUGGGUGAGGCCGGGAGGGGAGGAGCUCCCGAAGAGGAGCGUCGUCAACGGCGGCACGCUGACCAUCCCCGCCGUCACCGUGGACGACGGUGGCGUCUACAGCUGCAUGGCGUCCAACAACGUGGGCAAUCCCGCCAAGAAGUCCACCAGCAUCCUGGUCAGAGGCCUUCGUAAAGGUCGGUUCUGGAUCACGCCUGACCCGUACCACAAUGACGACAACAUCCAGAUCGGCCGGGAGGUGAAGAUCAGCUGCCAGGUGGAGGCCACACCACCUGAGGAGCUGCAGUUUAGUUGGCUGAAGAACGGCCGGCCGCUCAGGAGCUCCGAGCGGAUGGUCAUCACCCACACCGACACCGACAUCUCUCCGGGAACCACCAACCUCGACAUCAUCGACCUCAAAUUCACAGACUUUGGCACUUACACCUGUGUGGCCUCGCUGAGGAACGGAGGAAGCCCUGAGAUCAGCAUUGAUGUCAACAUCUCAUCCACCACAGUUCCUCCGGAGCUGACGGUCCCCAGGGGGCGCUCUCACCUCAUCGCUCAGGAAGGCGACACUGUGGACUUGCAGUGUCUGGUUUCAGGGAAACCCAAACCCAUUAUUCUGUGGUCCCGGGUGGAGGAGAGCGGGGUGGUGGCGGCGGCGGCAGUGGCGGUGGCGCCGGCGGCGGUGGCGCCUCUGAUGCCGGAUGGUUCAGUGGAGAUGGAGAGUUACGACGGCAUCCUGAGGAUCAGCAAUGUGACGAGAGAGAUGAGUGGGACGUACCGCUGCCAGACGAGCCAGUACAACGGCUUCAACGUGAAGCCCAGAGAGGCUCUGAUCCAGCUGGUGGUGCAGUUCCCUCCCACUGUGGAGCCGGCGUACACAGAGAUCCGCCAAGCCCUCGGACGGGCGUUCAGCCUCACCUGCCGCCUCCUGCGGGCUCACCCGGCCCGCCUCCUGCGGUACGAGUGGAAGCUGGGCUCCCGCCUCCUCACCGUCGGACAGUUCAGCGACCAGCGCGACGACACCAGCUACCUCGUCAGAGCUCUGAACCGAGAGGGCUACGGCGAGUACACCUGUGACAUCACCAACGAGGCCGGGGCAGGACGCUGCACCUUCCUAGUCACAGGGAAGGCGUACGCUCCAGAGUUUUACUACGACACCUACAGCGCUCUGUGGCAGAACAAACCUCGAGUCUACGGCUUCAAGCUGCAGUGGACCCAGAUGGAACCCAACGCCGUGGACCGAAUCCUGGCCUACAGACUGGGCAUCAGACAGAUGGGUCAGUCUCGCUGGUGGGAGCAGGAGAUUCCCAUGGAGGGAGCCAUCCAGAAGGGGGAGCUGCUAACACACAACCUGACUGAACUCAUCAAACCUGAGUCCUACCUGGUCCGCCUCACCCCCAUCACCCGCUACGGAGAGGGCGACGCCACUGAACGCAUCAUCACAUACAGCGCUCCUGUUAACCCACACCUCAGGGAGUUCCAGUGUGGUUUCGAGGACGAGUCGAUGUGUUUGUUCUCUCAGGACAAAACGGACGAGUUCGACUGGACGCGUCACAGUGCCGCCACACGAGACACCAAGUACACCCCGAACACGGGGCCGAGCUCGGACCACACCGGCUCGAAGCAGGGUUUCUACAUGUACAUCGAGACGUCGAGGCCCAGGCUGGACGGAGACAAGGCCCGGCUGCUGUCACCCACUUUCAACAUGAACUCCAAGACCUCCUCCUCUUCCUCCUCCUCCGUCAGCAACAGCCCCACCUACUGCUUCGCCUUCUUCUACCACAUGUAUGGGAAACACAUAGGAGCUCUGAACGUGUUUCUGCGCCAGAAAGGACAGACGGUGACCGACACCUCAGUCUGGAGUCUGAGCGGGAACCAGGGAGACCGCUGGAGGCAGGCCAAGAUCAACAUCCACCCAACCACCGCCUUCCAGAUGGUGAUGGAGGGAGUCCGAGGUUCUGGCAUCGAGGGAGAUAUCGCCAUCGAUGAUGUCACCAUUGAGGAGGGCGAAUGUAAAGAUCCUCCACCCAACAAUCUAAGGUCGCUCGCUCCGCCCACAUCGCCUCAUAUAUGGCAGCUGUGCACCACUCUGAGUCUGGCUCUGAUUGGCCAGCAGAGGUGACCCCCUCCCCCGCCUUCUAUAUGAGAUCCCCCCUUCUGACUCAUCCUCCCCCCAUCUCAUCCCCCAUCUCCCCCCAACUACCAAAGAAACCAUCACAGCUACAGACAAACUUCCUGCCAAGACGGCUGACACAUUGACAAACUUAAACGACCAGUCCAACAUUUUAGUGAGAGGUGCAAACUCGCUCCAAGAUAUUAAACUACUCGUCUCGGCUGUCUGAUCCCUCAUCCUACUUCCAGGUGUUCUACGUAGCAUAUGAGAUCACAGGUUACUGCAGGUUGUCCUCCUGCUGCCGAUCAUCCAUCUUCACCUUCACUUCUUUUCUCCAGUGAAACUCGGUGACCUUUUGGUUUCGGCUCGGCGCCACAAAGCACACAAAAAAACAGGCGCUUUAGUGAGGAAAAAGAGGAAAUGAUAGUUUGAAUGUGAGCUCCUGCAUCCCGUCAUCCCCACUCA